AUGUCCGCCAUCGCCAACGGUGCCAGCAAUGGCUCAUCAGCCAACGGUCAGCCGCCAGCCCUCAAUGCUCAAGCUCAGCAGAUGUUGACCGGCAUGACCAAGGAGAGGCUUCAUGGCAUGAUUGCUCGUAUGCAGCAGCUCAAAGCCAGCGGCGCCAACGAGUCCACCAGCUCCGAAUAUGCCACGCUCGUCAACACGCUCAAAAUGUUCCAACAAUACCAAGCCAUGCGUCAGCAACAGGCCGUCGCCAUGCAAGCAAGAGCAGCACAGCAAACACCCGCAACCUCGACUCCUACCACAGCAGCUCCCUCCGCACCAUCACCCUCCCAGUCUGCAAACGCUUCCACACCGGCAGCGGAUGCUUCCACCGCCAACGGUGUGGUUGUCAAGACCGAGGAAGACAUCUCGCGACCGUUGAGCCCUGCCAACCUCACUCCCGACCAGCUCAACGCGCUCAAGACGCAGAUCAUCGCAUUCAAGCUCAUCUCGCGCAAUCAGCCUCUGCCAUCACACUUGCAAGAGGCUAUCUUGGCCGCGGAUCGCGAGUCUGAAUUUCAAGACACCAAGAAGGGCGAGCCUCUCACCACCGCAUCACAGAUCGCAGCCGCUGCGGUAGCGUCAUCAGAAAAGUCAGCUUCCGACGCCGCCGCCGCCGCCGCCGCCGCCAAGGGUAGCUCCUCAACCGACGGCGCCGCUGAUCCAGCUUCGGCCACCACUUCGGAAAAGAUCGCCGAGAUUCCGAGACCACCAAGUCCAAAGGACGAUCCCAGCAGUUCGGUCUAUCCCUACAAUGCCUACGUUCAUCCCUUUUCGUACAUCUCCAAGCCUUUGCUUGAGGAUGACGACUACACAGCAACCAAGCAACAGCGGCUCUUGAUACCCAGCCUCAUGCCAACCGGUCUAGAGCCCAGACUCUUGUUGGAAGAGCGCGACCGUUUCGUCCAGGCCCGCAUCCGCCAGCGCAUCCGAGAGCUCGAGUCCUUCCCCGCCGACAUGUCGCAGAACCCAACCAUGGCCAGCCUCAAGGGCAAAGAGAACACGCACGACCUCACAUCGCAGCUCCACGGCGGUCACUUGCAAGCCGACAACGCCAAGUUGAAGGCCCUUAUCGAGCUCAAGUCGCUUCAUCUCCUCGAGAAGCAGAAGCAGCUGCGCGAACAGGUUGUCCAGAGCCUCAACCUAGCCACCACCCUCGGCCUCGACCGCGUUGCUUUCCGACGUGUCAAGAAGCAAACCCUUCGCGACGCACGCAUGACCGAACAGCUCGAGCGCAAGCAACGUGUCGAGCGCGAGAAGCGCGCCAGACAGAAGCACAUCGACUACCUCAGCACCAUCUGCAACCACGGUCGCGACCUCGUCGCUGCGCAUACCAGGGCUAGCGACCAGGCCCGCCGAUUCGGUCGCGCCAUGCUCAAGUUCCAUGCUGACUCGGAACGUGAGGAGCAGAAGCGUGUCGAGAGGAUCGCCAAGGAGCGUCUCAACGCGCUCAAAGCCGACGACGAAGAGGCCUACCUCAAACUCAUCGACACCGCCAAGGACACGCGUAUUACGCACCUCUUGCGCCAGACUGACGGCUACCUGGACAGCUUGGCGCAAGCCGUCCAGGCGCAGCAGAACGACGAUGUCCACGCCGACGCCAUCGCCGCCGAGCGAAUCGUCGAGGAGACCAACAAUCAAGAAGUCGGUGUCGCCGUUGACGAGACCAUGUUCGGUGCCACUCGCCAGGACGACCCGAGCGAGGAUCGCGGCAAGGUGGACUACUACUCGGUGGCCCACCGCAUCACCGAGCGCAUCACGCAGCAGCCAACGAUUCUCUCGGGUGGAACCUUGAAGGAGUACCAGAUGAAGGGUCUCCAAUGGAUGAUCUCGCUCUACAACAACAGACUCAACGGUAUUUUGGCCGACGAGAUGGGUCUCGGAAAGACGAUCCAGACCAUCUCACUCAUCACCUACCUCAUGGAGUUCAAGAAGCAGAACGGCCCUUUCCUCGUCAUUGUGCCGCUGUCGACGCUCACCAACUGGGUCAACGAGUUCAACAAGUGGGCUCCUACGGUUUCGACGCUCAUCUACAAGGGCACGCCCAACGUGCGUAAACAGCUCACCGGCCGUCUUCGAUCGAUGAACUUCCAGGUCCUGUUGACGACGUACGAGUACAUCAUCAAGGACAAGCAUCUGCUCGGCAAGAUCAAGUGGGUGCAUAUGAUCAUCGACGAGGGUCAUCGUAUGAAGAACACCCAGUCCAAGCUCACCAUCACGCUCACGCAGUUUUACACGAGCCGAUACCGCUUGUUGCUCACCGGUACGCCGUUGCAGAACAAUCUGCCAGAGCUGUGGGCUUUGCUCAACUUUGUGCUGCCGAGGAUCUUCAACUCGGUCAAGAGCUUCGACGAGUGGUUCAACACGCCUUUCACCAACACGGGCAGCGAAGGCGGUAUGAUGCUCAAUGAAGAAGAGGCACUGCUCAUCAUCAAGCGUCUCCACAAGGUGCUGCGACCUUUCCUGCUGCGUCGUCUCAAGAAGGACGUGGCCUCGGAGCUUCCCGACAAGGUGGAAAAGGUGAUCAAGUGCAAGAUGAGCGCGCUCCAGCUCAAGCUUUACCAGCAGAUGAAGAAGCACAAGAUGAUUCUCUCUGGCGAGGACAACAGCACCGCCGGGAAGAAGGCCAAGCCUCAGGGCAUUCGUGGUCUGCAAAACGCCAUCAUGCAGCUGCGAAAGAUCUGCAACCAUCCCUAUGUCUUCGAACAGGUCGAGAUCGCCAUCAACCCGACCAAGGAGACCGGACCGGAUCUGUAUCGAGUUGCGGGCAAAUUCGAGCUGCUGGACAGGCUGCUGCCCAAGCUGUUUGCCACCAAGCAUCGUGUGCUCAUCUUCUUCCAGAUGACCGCCAUCAUGGAUAUCGUGGAGGACUUUUUGAGGUAUCGUGGCUUCAAGUACCUUCGUCUCGAUGGUGGAACCAAGCCCGACGAUAGAUCGCACCUGCUCAAAGCUUUCAACGCGCCAGGGUCGGAGUACUUUAUCUUCAUUCUUUCGACGCGUGCCGGUGGUCUCGGUCUCAACUUGCAGUCUGCCGAUACCGUCAUCAUCUACGAUUCGGACUGGAAUCCUCAUCAGGAUCUGCAAGCCCAGGAUCGCGCGCAUCGUAUCGGUCAAAAGAUGGAGGUGCGUAUCCUGCGUCUCGUCACCGAAAAGUCGGUGGAGGAGACCAUCCUUGCUCGAGCGCAGGACAAGCUCGAGAUCGAGGGCAAGGUUAUCCAGGCUGGUAAAUUCGACAACCAGGCUACCGCCGACGAGCGAGAAUUGCUUCUGCGAGCCAUGUUGGAGGCCGACAAUGAUGACGAGGACGACGAUGAUGGCGACUUCAACGAUGACGAGCUCAAUCAGCUGCUGGCGCGUGGCGAACACGAAGUGCCCAUCUUCGAGCAGAUCGACCGCGAGCGUCAGGCGUCCGAUGCCGAGUUUUGGAAGUCGUUGGGUUACAAGGGCAAGCUGCCCGAGCGACUCAUGCAGGAAAGCGAGCUGCCCGCCGUAUACCAGCAGGACUUUGACGCUGACCGACUGGAGGACGACGUCGAAGAGGAGCAGCCAGCCACGCGAAAGAGGAACGUCGUGCACUACGACGACGGCUUGACCGAGGACCAGUUCCUGCGCGCUCUCGAAGACGAUGACGUGGACCUCAAUGACAUUGUCGAGCGGAAGCGUGAGCGUAUCGAGAAGCGACGAGCCAAAGCCUUGAUGCAGUCUGCGGACUCGAUGGAAGGCACCCCCGAAGUCGAGGGCGGCAGGCGCAAAAAGGGUGCUGCCGGUCGAGGACGCGGUCUUGGAGGCGCGAGCGAGACGCCAGAGCCGUCCCCUGGACCCUCGGGCCGCAAGCGGAAGCGUCUCGGCGGCGCCUCCAUGGACGCUUCGCCCGACUACGAGGAAAGUCCGUCGGCUGCGCGCAUCGGGCAGCCCAAGCGUCGCAAGACCGGUGGCGAAGACGAUGUGCGCGACCGCAUCAAGUAUGCGCUCAAUCAGUGCUACCGUGCUGUUGAAUCGUGCCUGGAGCCCGAGACUGGUCGUAAGCGAUGUCUGCUAUUCUUGGACGUGCCCAAGAAGUCGGACUAUCCGGACUACCACGUCAUCAUCGAAAAGCCGAUCGCGAUGCGUCAGAUCAAACGUCGCAUCGACAACCGAACGUUCCGACGCGUCGAUACGUGUCGCGAUGAAUUCCAUCUCAUGGUUCGUAACGCCAAGACGUACAACCAGGAGGGCUCCUGGGUCUACAACGAUGCGGUGGAGCUGCAGAAGGCGUUCGACACGACGUACGAUAUGUUGUGUAGGUUCAGCGGGUUGCCAGGCUCGGAGAAUGAGGGUGAGACGCAGGCUGGGGACACCUCGGUGAACGACACGCAGGCUGAGGACGAGGAGGAAGGCGAAGAGGAGGAAGAGGAAGAGGAGAAGCCUGUGGCUGCGCCGAGAGGUAUCAAGAUCAAGUUGGGAAAGAGGAGCAAGGUGGUGAAAAAGAAGACCGAGUCGGAUGAUGACGAGUGA